AAUAAACAAAAUUUGUUUGUGGUGUGAGGUGCGUGUUUCCUUAUCAGUUUGCAGGAAAAAUUCUAAAAACCAUGAGAACUAUCGAAAUAAAUUGUGAUUUCUGCUUCAACGGAGAGAAAAAUGGACAGCUGAUGUUCAUCAACGAUGUGCCAUAUGCCGUACGCAGCAUGAUUGAAAAACUCUUUUGGUUUUCGUCUGAGGAACUCGUCAACUUGCACAUUUGUCCCGGAUGCCAAGAUAAGCUGUUGGACUUUUUCGAGUUUUAUAGCCAAGUUGAGGGAGUCUACAAACAGCGGCUGGAAAAAGAUAGGGACGAAGAAAAACCCACUUACACGAAUGACGAGGCUACCGUAGAAGGAACUGAAGAUGAGAUUGAAAUAAAGCUAGAACCGCUAUCCGAGCAGUAUUCUGACGAGGAUGAUGCUAGAAAGCAAGACAACAAGGAACCUAUUCCGUGUACUAUAUGCGGUCAGUUGGUGAAAAACCAAAUCACCUUGGAUAUACACAUGAGAGGACACACCGAAGCAUCGAUCACGAUAACGUGCAAAAUCUGUGGAAAACAAUCACCGAAUGCUCGCGCCCUGAGAAAGCAUAUUAAAGAGGCACACAUAAUAAGACACGCCCAUCCGUGUACCAUGUGUAGGAAAAGUUUCAAGACACGACAUGCUUUAAAGGAUCACAUGGCCAUCCAUACGGGUGAGAUGCUGUACAAGUGUGAGUUCUGCGACGAACAAUUUUAUAAUUCCGGAAAUCACAGUCUCCAUCGCAAAAAGAUGCACGCCCAGGAAUGGGAGGAACUUAAAAAAAGUAUGCCAAUUUCUAGAAGAGGUUGUCCUAAAAAGUGUCAAUCGCUCAUUCAAGAGGAACGCGUAAAGAAGUCCCUCCAUCCGUGUACCUUGUGUAAAAAAAAUUUCAAGUCACGGCGUGGUUUAAAGGAACACAUGUCCAUCCACACGGGUGAGAUGCUGUACAAGUGUGAGUUCUGCGACAAACAGUUUUAUAAUUCCGGAAAUCUAAGUCAGCAUCGCAGGAAUAUUCACCCCCUUGAAUAUCAGGAACAUCUUCAAAAUAAGCCGACUUCUAGAGGUCGCCCCAAAAAGUAUUAAACCAAAAUGGAUAAAUCGUA